UGAUUUCAACCUAUGACGUAGUACACAAAUUUUUUUCGCUCCAUUCCUUCCAUUGUUCCAUUCUGUUCUAUUCCUUCUAACCCUCUAUGCAGCGAGCACGUUGUUUGGAACAUAACCGUGAAGCGCUCGUAUAUCUGGCAUAAUUUUGUAAGUUUGGCUGGAAAAUAUCUUCAAUUUUUAAUGAAAAGGAUUUAAAUACGUAUCAAUCUACGUAUUAAUUAUUCAUUUUUAUUUUUUACUUUGCGUCACAAAAUAUAAAUUUUCAAAUGAAGACUAAGGUAGAUAAGAAAGGAAAGAAACGAUCUCUGAGCGAGACUUCUCUUUCUACAAAGCCAGAUCAGAAACAAGAGAAUAUUACUGAACUCAAGAAAAGUCCUAAAAAGGCCAAACUUGCUUUAGUACAAAAUGGAAAUUCUACAAUGGGGAAUAAAGUAGAAAUUCUCAAGAAGAUGUACAAACAAAAGGAAAAACAGAAAGCAAAACAACAAAUUAAUAUAGGAUCUUCAGCAAAGAUAAAGAAGGAAGGAGAAAAUAAAUUACCUAUUGCUAAGCUCGAUGAAGAAUCUGUUAGUAAAAAAAUAGUGGAAAAGAAAUUAAAAAAUUUGAAAAAGAAGCAAAUAAAGCGUGAUUUACGUAAGAGAAAAAGAAGUAGGAAUUUACGAAAUGCUGCAUCCAUUACACUUAGUAUAGAAGAGAUAGAGGCAAAAAUAGAAGAAAUCAGGAAUAGGGAAGUGUUGACAAAGAACGCAAAAAAGAAUUUGGCAGUACUUAAUAGAAAGUUGAAGCUGGAGAAAUCGGCAAAUAAUUCAGAGAAAUUAAAUAUAAUAGAAAAGAAAAGUAACAAGAAGAAUAAACAGCAAAUAGGUGCAAUUGUGAAGAUUGAAAAGAUAUCUAAUGAGGAUAAUGAAGAUAAAAUAAAAGUGAAAAAGGAACAUGUCCAACAUGAAAAAGUUAAAGUCAAACAGGAGAUGAAUGAUCAAGAUGAUGAGGAUGAAAGUGACGAAGAUCAGAGCGAUACAGAAAAAGAAGAAUCUAUGGACAAUGCAAAUGAACAAUUUGAUGAUGAAAGCGAUGAAGAUGAAAAGGAUGAAGAGGAUGAAGAUGCUGAAGAUGAUAUAGAAAAAGCGAAUAUUUUGAAAGUAAAAAAUGAGGGUGUAAAAAAGAUGAAAAAACAAGCUACACAAUCUUUGUAUACAGAUCAAAAGAAUCAACAUUUCCUUUAUGUAUACAAUUUACCAUUAGAUGUGACAGAAGAUGAGCUCAAACAACAUUUCUUGACCAAGGUUGAUGCUGUAUCCAGGGUUGUGAUAAAUAAAUCCAAUAUAAAAAGACCUCCUAUAGUUGCAUAUGUGUGGAUGAAUAAUAGUACAGAUUGCAAGAAAGGGCUCUUGUUACAUCAUACAUUCCUCAAAAACAAACAGAUUAUUGUAAAAAUGAAAUCCAAUGAUAACAAAAAAACAAAUGUUGGCAAAUAUUUUGCCAGUCAUUUGCCAACAAGCCAGCAUGCAAUUGCCAAGAAUAAGAAGCCGCAAGUGUUUCAAAAAGCUAAAAAAUUAGCUAGCGGAAAUCAGGGAAAGAAGAAAUCAUUGAAGAAGGAAAAAUAAUACUAAAGAAUAAAAAACUUAUAACACAAUAAAAGUUAUAUAAAAUGAAUAAAAUAAAUAAUUAAUUCACAAUGCGAUUAUUUGCAAGAUUAUCGUUUGGAACAUUUAGUAUUAUGAAUGAGAAAGCAACUUCAGAAUAGAAUUUUCAUAUUAAUAAUACAGGAUUGUUUUAUCACAUAACGCAUAUAUUGUAUUUUCUAUAGUCAUUUGGUUUAUAUAUAUAUAUUAAAUGUAAUCUGUUUCAUAUGUAUUACAGUAAUCAUAUUUUAUAUAUGUUUAUCAUAUAUCUCAUAUAUAUAAAUUAUUGAGAGAAUUUUGUUGGGUGUAAGAAUUAGUCAUGCAACAAUUCUUUCUUUAUAUAAUUAUUUGGAUUAAUUACAUAUAAAAUACUCGUAAAUAUAUCGCGCAAUAAAUCAUCAGUAAACUUA